AUGGAGCACGCGGCCCGCACAUCCCGGAUCAACGGAUCCUGGCGGGAGGAUGCUCUGAGCGCCCCGGCCUCCGACUCCCGAGGACCGAGAGCGGGAAGAACAAAGGAAGGGGGGCCCGGGACCCCCGAGGGCGCAGGUGGGUGCGGGGCGCGCGCGGCCGCGGGGGCGGCGUCCGUGUGCGCGCUCCGGGUGCUGCGCUCUCGGCCCCGGGCUGACGGCGCGCCCUGGCCGGCCUGCCGGGAGCCGAGAGCGACUGUGCGGCGCGCGCACGGCGCUCGCACCCGGGCGGCGGGGUGCCCCGUGGCCCGGAGGCGGCGGCGGCGGCGGCGGGGGCGGAGGCUGCGGCCGGACGCCCAGGAGCGCACGGCGCCAGCUCGGGUAGGCGGCGGACAGCGCGGGGCGGCGGCGCGGGGCCGGGCUGGGAGCUGUGGCGCACUCGCUUUUCCCCACCCCCGCCCGGUGGCUGGGCGCUGGCGCGGUUCCCUCGCCGUCCGGCGGCCGCUGGAAAUAGAGCCGGGAUGUUGUUUACAUGAUGGAUCCGGCGGGAGGAGUCUGCGAGGAGGAGGCGGAGAGAGGAAGAGAGGAGUCCCCGCGGCGGCAGCGGCGAUGGUGGCGGGCCGGGGUGCGGGCGAGCCCCGCGCGGUCCCCGAAGCCAAGACACGGGAGCUUACGGGAGUAUGCCUAUGUGUGUUCAGAUGCCAGCAAGUCCAGAAGAGAGAAAGUGUCAGAUUCCUGGGAGCUGGACUUACAAUGGCUGUAAGCUGCCAUCCCAUAAUAUGAACU